AUGACGAGUAAACAAGUUCGCAACGACGAUACCCCCAUCCGUAACACAUCACAAAGUUAUCCCGAGCAGGAGCAGCCUGAUGACCAGCAUACAGAUGCCGAAGCAGACUUCUUAAACACAGCGCGUGGGCUAGCGGAGAUGGCUAUUCCAAGUGAAAUCUCAUCCACACUCACACUCACUUUGCUACAACUACAGCAAGUUUUCAGCUCGAUGAAAAAAGAAAUGACAGAGUUUACAGCAUCGCUAAACAAUACUACGGCAGACAUAACCGAGUUUCGCAAAGAAAUAUCAGACAUGAAAUCUAAACUGAAGCAACUCGACUCCUACAAGACAGAAGUACAAGACCUGCGGGCAGAGGUGUCCUACCUGCGGAAAGAGCUUGCGACCAUGGAGCAGCGGAAGUAUCUCAAGGAUGUUGAGAUAACUGGACUCACCGAGACCCGCGGUGAAAACCUACAGCAGGUUGUUAACAUUGUAAGCACAAAGUUGGGUGUUCAGUUGGACUCGCGCGACGUCGACGAUGUGAGGCGUGUGGGCAAGAAGGCUGAGGGCGCCGCCAGUGUCCUGGAGCGGCCCAGACCUGUAGUGCUGACAUUCUCUCGCCGGGCUCCACGGGACCAAUUACUUCGCGCCGCGAGGGUACGCCGCGUGCUUAACACAACAGAUUUGGGCAUUCAAGGUAACAACCGUCCAGUCUACAUCAAUGAACAUUUAACUAAAGAAAAUAGAGUUCUCUUCAGCAAAACCCGCUCAGUAAAAAAACAACUUAACUAUAAAUAUGCUUGGACAUCUAAUGGAUCUAUAUUCCUGCGCCGAUCCGAAACUAGCUCAGUUAUCCAUAUUACCAGUGACUCAAUGUUAGAUAAGUUGUUAAAGAAUGUGCAAACCAGUGAGGGGCCCCCUGCAACAGGUGAGAGCAGGGAUACAGCAGGUUUACCUCCCACUGACCCGACUGUGAACGCCUCGUCUUUUUAG